UUCAUCCAUAAGACAUUGAACAGUCGUGAUACAAGCGGGCUAACGGGUGCAUUUCAAAAAUGGUGGCAAGUUUCGGCGAUUUAGGAAAGUCGGCCCGUGAUAUUUUUGACAAGAACUUCGGCUUCGGGUUUCUUAACUUUGAGUUCAAAACCAAAACUGAAAAUGAUAUCUCUGUUACAUGUGGUGGCAAACAUGAUACAAAUGCUGGAAGAGUUUCCGGUUUCUUAGAGUCGAAGUUAAAAGCUGCCCCAGGGGUCCAUUUAAAGACUAAAGUUGAUUCUAAAUGGCUAAUGACAACUGAAAUAGAAGUUGACAAGAAACUGCAUGAAGACUUAUCGCAUAAUGUGUUAGUUACAAUGGAGCCUGAUUCAGGAGCUAAGUCAUUGCUGCUAAAAAAUAAGUUAAAGCAUGAAUAUUUCAAUGCCAAUCUGGAUAUGAGUUUUAAAUCAAAAUAUCCCCUGAUCACCGGGUCGCUCGUACUGCCUAUUCCCCACUAUCCUGCUUUUCGUAUUGGCGCACAAGCCGUGGUUGACAGUGAAAAAUCAGAAAUUAGCAAACAUAUUUAUGCAAUCAACUUCAAGCAGUCCGAUGUGCAAGUGCAUGCUACACUCACUGGGCAUUCCGAUGUUGACUUAAGUGUCUUUCAGAAGUUCAAAGACAUGAAACUAGGUUUCCGUGUUGGUUGGCGACCAGACACUCGUGAAACGUCAUUUGGUGCCGCUCUUCGUUAUAAAACCUCUCCUACUGGAAAAGUCAAAGUAAAGAUAGACCAAAAUUGCGUAGUUGGACUGGCUUACAAGCUUAAAUUAAACUCAGAUGCAUGUUUGGCAUUGUGCACUCAAUUUGAUGGAAAGAACUUGGAGAAUGGAGGUCAAAAGUACGGUAUCAUGUUCAAGUUUGGAUCGUAACAUGGACAUAGUUCUCUAAUACUAGGUUUAAUUGUCCUUAGACCGGUGCUUGCACCCCUGUUAGAUUUUAACACUGGUUUAAUUAUACUUGUAAAUUGAUUGACUUGUUUCUGUUCCGAAAUGCAUGAUUACAUUCAUUCUGUUCUACAUACAACCUGCACUACCAAACGACACAAAAUGUAACGACUUCCUCGUUUUAUG